AUGACGGGCCUCUGUCUGAGCACGCUCAUUGUGUGCUGGAUCUGGCCUUCUCCAUAUAACUUUUUCCAUCGACAAUUUCAACAGGCAAUAGCUACAUCCAUUGAGUAUCAGUUCCGCAGCAUGGACUUGCGCGCGGUGCCACAAUCCGCAGUUGUCAUCCAGCGUGUUUUCUUGCAUACAGAAAAACCUGUCGAGCUUCCGCAGGCUGCAGAGGCGGCUCUGUGGCUCUGCGGCUUAUUUGUUAACGUAGCAACACUUUUAGUUGGUUACCUGGAAAGCCAAUGUCCCGCCAAAUACAACGCUAUUGACGCCUUUGAGGCUGCGCGUAACGGUGCCAUGGCCGGAACACUUCUGAGCAACAAUUACAAUCUGAUUAAGAAACUAGGGCUGGAAACCACAAUAAUAUUGAUAGACACGAGUUUCACAUCAGCCACGAAAAUACUGCCCUAUCCCAAUGUACCCGCCGGCACCUCGCAAUUGCCAAGUUUGGUGGCUCUGACAGCAGCAACUUAUCAUCGCUCUACCCAUCUGCUUGAGUCGGGCUAUGUUCUGGUCAAAUCCGGUUCCUAG